UUAUUUCACUCGUCAAAAUUAAUCCGUCUUAAACCAUAAUCGAAAUUAAACCAAUGUUGUAAAAAAUAAAAAAAAACUGUUUUGAAAACACCCGAUUGCGAUGGCGAACCAGGAUGAUGGCCUCUUCCUCCUGGAAGUGCUAGUUGAUAAAAUUAUUUACUCAAAGACUCCUUGUUUUUCCGAUAAGGCCUUUAGGACUUGUGUCAGCGUUAAAUGCCUCACGUGUGACCCCCUCGAACUUUGUGACGAUGAUGCCGGUGCCAGUUCCGGUUUCAACGACACUCCGUACAUGAAGUCAUUUAAUAGCGGGAAAUCCUGCCUCUUUUCACUUAAGCAAUCCGAUAUCUCCAGCGCAAUGAACAAGUUCGAAAUAAAAGUAUCUGUCUACAAAGAACUUCCCUGUGGUUGUUUACCAACGAAGAUAAACCUAGGAGAAGCAACGAUUGACAUGACCAAGGAAUUCGUGCUGGCCCGUAAGACCUUCUUGGCAGACCCUAACAACGUCAGCUAUCAAGCUUUGAAAGAUUCAUUCCAUAUAAAAGGAUCGGAUGGUGUCGAAACUGGAGAAAUUUUGAUGUUUUUGCGUAUUUCAUGUUUUGGUAAAUUAAUUGUAACAAAAUUUCGAGGCAGCGGAGGUCCUCCUGGGUUAGGCAGUGGAAUGGCAAGUCCUGGAAUUGAAGACCGUUCGUGUAACCCUCCAAGAAAAUCACACAGCCCAGGCGACCCCUGCGCCUGCGGAGCUGCGCGCGCCGCUAGCGGGGGAUCUGUGGCUGGUAGCUCACGCGGCGGUGCGUCGGUGGCGGGCGUGCGAGGUGGCGUCUGUGACCCAGCUCGGGAUCCCUAUUAUAGCAUGCCAUGCGAAGACCCCGACGAUCCAUGCUACUGCACUGGUCCAAAGCCAGCCCCUAAGCAGCAGAUGGCCUGCAGAAAUACACAGCAAUACUGUUUGCAUGUACCAAAAGGUCGCAAUACUCUAUAUGAAGAGAUAGGCACCAACUUAUGCGGCAACGAGCUUAAGAUCAAAGUACCAGCGCAUGCGUCAACCAUCAAGAAGAUUAGCCAGACGCAUUGCGCGAUGCAGCGACCGUUUGUACCGCAACGAAAGGACGACAAGAACAAUCCGUCGUGCGGACCACCGUGUGCAAAAAAUCAAAUAAGCUUAGCGAUGCCCUCCGAAGACGUGUGUUGCAGGGGCGCUCAGCUCGCAGAAACGCAGUUCACCUGUACCACCGAGGGCUGCCCCACGGUAUCGAAACACACCCAGCCGCCUCCUCCCUUGCAACGAGCUGGAACAGGCGAUAUUAUGCAAAACAAAGAUGUGUUCGUUUUGAAAGUGGCCAAAACUGCAUUCCAGGGAGAUAGGAAAUGUAAAUUAGAGCUGGAGUUGGUUACGCCAAAAGGCGGCGACCAGCAUCCUCCAGUGCAAACGAAAGAUAUAAGAAUGCAAUCGGAUCUGGACUGCGAGUGUUGUGUGAGAAGAAUAAGAAAGAGUAAAAAAGCACGAGGCGCUACUAGUCCUAUUAAGCCGUGAAGUUUA